AUGAACUGUGAUAAUAUAGCAAAACAACUUGAAUAUGAUGAAUCUUUUUCUGACUCAUCAUUUGAUGAUGACAUUCAAGAUCCAGAUUACAUAAUUAUUGAAAAUGACGAACUCGGAGGCAUACUGGCUUUUGAUUCUGACCCAGAUGAUAAUUUUGAACUACUUCCAACGACACCCUCAGGAUCAGUUAAUAUUAUAUCAGAAUCCAGUGAAGAUGAACAACCUAUAUCUAUUCGUAAUGGUAAGAAAAGAAUAAAUAAUAAAUCAAAUUGGAAACGUAAAAUCACAAAAAAGAGUAGGUCUGAUGGUAUUGAACAUAAUUCUUUGCGUGACAAAAUUGUUCCACCUAGAACUACAGGCCCUGACUGUCACUGUAAUAAAGAAUGUUUCACUAAUGUAUCGGAUGACCAAAAAACCAACUUACUUGUAACAUUUAAUAAUAUAGGUGAUAAGAAUAAACAAGAUACAUAUUUGGCUGGAUUAAUUAGGGUCAACCCUGUUAUUCGUCAAAGGAAGAGAGAUGGUAGUCGAUCAAGUAAAACGUGUUCUGUAAAAUAUGAGAUAAAAAUUGGCUUAGAAAUUAUCCAAGUUUGCAAGAAGGCAUUUUGUUCUCUUUUAGGAGUUGGAAAAUCUAGAGUAGAAAGAAUUAUAAACAAUUUGAAAAAUAAUGUUCCCAGCCCAGUGGAUAAACGUGGUAAGCAUCACAGUCGACCAAAUAAAAUACCUGACAAUAUAUGUUUCCAAUUAGAUACGUUUAUUAGUUCAUUUCCUAAGAGACAAUCUCAUUACAGUAGAUCUGACAACAAUAAUGUAAGAUAUAUGUCUCCUGAACUUUCAGUUGCCAAAUUAUAUAGAAUGUAUUUGGAAAUAUAUGAACCUGAUGUAUAUGCAUUUUUAAACAGUGAAAAUGGUGAACAAGUUAAACCUAAAUUGAAAUACAACUAUUUUGCUAAUUAUUUCAAUAGAAAUUUCAACAUAUCAUUUGGCACUCCCAGAUCUGACACUUGUCAAACCUGUGAUAAUUUGAAAAAAAUUAUUGACAGUGAAAACAAUGAAGAAGAAAAAGCUAAUCUUGAAGUAGAAAAACAAAUUCAUUUGCGGAAAGCAGAAGUAUUUUACACUUAUUUAAAACAGUUAUCAGCUGAAGCCAAACAAAAUGAUUCAAUUGAUGUUUUAAGCUUUGAUUUUCAACAGAACAUGCCACUCCCACACAUCCCAUCAGGAGAUGUAUUUUAUAAAAGGCAACUUUGGUCAUAUAACUUUUGUAUACAUUCGGCGGGUACAGGCAAAUCUCAUUUUUAUAUGUACAAUGAAUCAUCAGGUAAAAAAGGACAGAAUGAAGUGAUAAGUUUUUUACAUCACUAUUUCAAAAACAUACUAAGUCCAAGAAUAAAAACAUUAUAUUUAUUUUCUGAUAACUGCAGUGCACAGAAUAAAAAUAAAACACUAUUUCAAUACCUAUCUGCUGUGGUCAACACUCCAACUUUUUCUAUCAAAUCAAUUAUUCACAGAUAUCCUGAGCCCGGGCAUAGUUUUCUGCCCUGUGAUAGGUGCUUUGGGCAUAUUGAAAAAGUACGUCGAAAAGUAGAAAGGGUAUUUUUACCAGAUGAAUAUGAAAAAAUGGUUUCAGAAACAAAUAAAAAAUUUAAAGUUGUUCAUGUUGAUCAAAGUAUGAUUUUUGAUUUUAAUAGUUAUCUAUCUCCAUUAGCUAAAAAAGUUAUAACUAACAAAGAGAAAGUAAAAUUUACUAUUAUGGCUUACCGAUAUGUUGAAUAUACAAACGAAGGUAUUUUUUGUAGUACAUCUGGAAAUUCUACUGCUAAAGAAAAGUACACUUUAAAUAAAACUGGCGAAGAACUAACUAUAAAUGAAAAUGGACUAUUAAGAUUGUACAAUGAACCCAUUAAACUGAAACUGUCCAAAUUCAAUGAUGUGACACAGUUAGCAAGCAAAUAUGUGCCCCAAGAAUACCAAUGGUUUUAUAUUGGACUUACUGCUGCUGAAGAAAGUAAUACCAAUAAUAGUGAUGGCUCUGACUAUGAAAAUUAA